UAUCGCCAUGUCGAAGGACCGUAUUGUGAAGGCAGUGAAGAAGUUCGUUGGGGUUCGCUACAAGGUCUUCACCAAACACUAUGGCCAAGACAUCAUUGACUUCUUCGAUCUCCCCAUCAAGCUUGUCUUGUCCCCUUUCACUCUCGCAUUCGGCAUUGCUGGCUCUGCUCACCGUGGAUUUGGUGUUCCAGAACUCAUCUCCAAGCUCUCCUACGCUUCCGUCUUCGCCGUAGCUACUUUGGGGACAUAUGACAUUGCAUUGGACCUGGGGAAGAAGGUCGUAUGUCAAAGGAACUGUAGGACAUGUAAUGGAUGGCAGGCCCUGCGGUGUACCAUGUGUCGAGGGAGUGGGAGGGUGCACUAUCAAGUGAAGAAUUGCAGCUUCAAGAGAGGAGAGAAAGCAACUGCUGAAUCUGUAGCAGAUGCUAUUGCAGACAACCGCGCUGAAAUAGUGCAUCUACCAUCCUCCUUGGAUCUUCAUAUUCCAUUACCAUCAAAAGAAUGCCCAAGUUGUGAUGGAACUGGUGUAAUGAGCUGUCCUGAGUGCAAAAACAAGUUGCAAGUGAGGAUCUCAGCGGAUGAUAUUAUGGAGCCCCCAUGGAAAGCUUAUAAUAUCUUGAGAAAGAUGGAUUAUCCAUUUGAGCACAUAACGCACAGCAUGAAAGAUCCAAGUAUUGCUGCAUUUUGGCUGCUAACCUUUCCUCAGAUUAUGGGUGGAUUUACCUAUGAUGAUGAAGUGAAGCAGAAAAUAUGGUGGCAGUACAAGGAAUCCACGCAGUAUGAUCAACUCCGAGAUGUGGUGGCCAAGAGGAAACCAGGGUGGGAGUACCUGCAGGAGGCCUUGAUAUCUAUAGACCCUGAAAGGGCAAGGGAUGAUCCCAUCAUUGUGAGAAAUGUUCCGUUCUAUAAAGCUAAGAAGGCUCUAGAGUCAGAGGUUAUGAAGCUUGAUCCUCCACCAAGACCGCCAAAUUGGGGUGAACUGGAUCUUCCAUUGAGUUCAUCAUCUUGGAGUGAGGAGGAUCUCAAAGAUCCGGAGAAGUUCUAUGAAAUGACUGUUCUUCUUAAUGCACAGAGAGAAAUCUCCAAUAAGAUCUUGGAUGCACAGUGGGAAACUAAAUGGCGUCAGGAAAAGGUGAAUCAGAUGUUGGAGGAAAAGGUGCAGCCAUAUAUUCAGGAUAUAGGCAAUGGAGUUCUUUCUGAACCUAUUUUAUUAAAACCACAACAAAAUCAGGAUAAGAGACAACGACGAAAGAGGUGGUUUUUCUUUUGAAAAAUGGCCAAUGCUGGUGAUGCUAGAGCAUGCUUUUGUAUUCAUCAUUGUAUAAAUUUAUAAUCUGUAACCAUAGAUGAUUGUAUCAUACUGUUGAAUUUUGUAUUUGUUUUUUACCUUCUCCGUUUAGUUGCUUUGGAUUGUUCUCUUUCUAUAUUUUUUUUUUCAUGAAUUUCUGUUUUGUGUAAGGAUGAAAUCAUGUCUUUUGUUUUCUACAUAAUAGGUCAAAGAUUAAUUCGUUGC